CAAAAACGAUUGGAAAAUUAAAGUACGCGUAUCAAGGCUUUUUGAUAUAUUGAACUUUCGGAAACAUAAUAGUUUGAUUAGUUUGGACAUGGUUUUAAUUGACGAAGAGGGUGAUUAUGUCCAUGCUUCAAUCAAAGGAAAAUUUGUCCAACAAUUUCGUUCUAAAUUGGUUGAAGGCAAAGUUUACACAAUUCGAUAUUUUUCUCUUGUACCUAACAAGAAUGAAUAUUGUGUUGUGAGCGAUAACAAGAUAAUGAUACAAUUUUUUCAAAAUACAACUGUCAAGGGCGUUGCAGAUAAUAAUAAAAUUCCGUUGCAUAGAUUUGAUUUUGUUCAAUUGCAACAUUUAGAUAAGUUCCAUAGUAAUGCUACACUCCCUGAUGUGGUUGGCAUGGUUGUUAACGAAAUUGGAGAUUCAAUUGAAAUAGAAGAUAAAUGGUAA